CCCGGACGAUCAGGCUUUCCGGGUGACAAAGGAACAAUGGGAAUUCCUGGAAGAUUGGGGUUAAAAGGAUACGCAGGGGUGAAGGGAGCGCCAGGGGAGCCAGGCCUGUCCAUCAUUGGGCCACGAGGAUCUCCUGGACAGCCAGGAACUAGAGGCUUCCCAGGCUUCCCGGGUCCGAUUGGGUUGGACGGCAAGCCCGGGCAGAACGGCUUGAAAGGAGACUUGGGUCAACGUGGUCCCAAAGGAGUUCCAGGUGAAUCUGGUCAGAAAGGAGAAAAGGGCGUAUGUGGAGACUACAGUCACAGGCAGAUGUUGCCCAUCACCGUGCGCAACAUGCCUCAAAUAAACCCUCUAAUCCUAAAGCGCCUCAAGGGUGAGCCUGGAGCUCAGGGCCCACCAGGACCUCCCGGGCCCUCAGGGACCCCCGGACUGAACGGUGCAAGUGGACCACCGGGUAAACCCGGUGAACCAGGAAAACCUGGAAAAGAUCCAAGGCUCCUGCCAGGGAUGAAGGGUGAGCCAGGCAUGCCAGGAAUAAAGGGUGAUGUUGGCCCUGCUGGUCCCGAAGGCCCCAAGGGACUGAAGGGAGACCUAGGACUGAGGGGAGAGCCAGGUUUUCCAGGCACUCCUGGAAGAAAGGGUCAAGCUGGUACCCCUGGAACACCUGGUAUUCAUGGAAAGAGGGGCUACAGGGGUGACAAGGGUGAACCCAGCACAGCGGGGACUGGCAUCAAAGGAGAACCAGGGACACCAGGACUUCCAGGCCUAUCAGGAUUCAAGGGUGACAAAGGCGACCAAGGUGUCAAGGGGGAAGAAGGAUCUGAUGGCCCAGCUGGACCAAGAGGUCCUCCAGGUGCAGCAGGGGAGCCAGGAAAAUCAGAAAUCAUCAACAAUGAAAAUGAUAUUCGGAAUGUACCUUUGAUGGGCCCACCUGGACUACCUGGCCCUCAAGGGGGCCCCGGAACACCAGGAACAAAGGGUGAAGUUGGCCUUCCAGGCCCUUCAGGUCUUGACGGAGAGAAGGGUCCUCGGGGGAAGCCUGGAGAGGCAGGUCCUGUUGGCCCAGCCGGCCCUGAAGGCCCCAGAGGGGAGGGGGGCCUGAUGGGUUUCUCCGGAACCAAAGGAGAUAAGGGGGACAUGGGCCCAUCUGGAUCACCUGGUCAGAAGGGUGAGGCCGGAGAUAAGGGAGGAAUGUCAGACAUGGUAUACGGGCCUCCAGGUCCUCCAGGACCCCAAGGACCAGUUGGCCCCGCGGGACCUGAAGGACUGGGAGGGCCAAAGGGGGAGCCAGGCAUAGGCAUACGGGGAGAGAAGGGAGCAUCUGGUUCGAAAGGCGAUAAAGGGGACAGGGGUCAUCUUGGGCUUCCUGGGGCUCAUGGUUUAGACGGCAGGCCUGGUCCAGUGGGCCUGAUAGGACCAGUUGGUGUGGCAGGGCCAGCAGGACUGAAGGGAGAUAGAGGUUACAAGGGAGAUUCAGGAGAACCAGGACCAAUUGGGCCUCAAGGCAUCCCUGGUUUAGUAGGACCACAAGGAUUCAAAGGGAACCGGGGAGAGAGGGGCAAGAAAGGCAACAGGGGAACUAAAGGGGAUAAGGGGGACCAAGGAGCACCCGGAUUAGAUGCCCCCUGUCCAUUGGGGGAUGAUGGCUUACCAGUAUCAGGGUGUUGGAAUAAAGGUCAAAAUCCUUUCCAACUGGCCAAGUAGUAGAGGUUCAAGAGAUCUGCUCAACAACGUUUCGCUCAAAGCUGCAGGAUGGAAACUUGAAGGCAUUUGGAGAUAUCCUUGAGUUUUGACCCCACCUGGGGUUGUCAUUUUACUCACACAGAUUUUCCAGCCGGCUGAACACAGAGGCAGUAAUAUUGGGGGGCUCCAGUCGCUAGCAGUGAGCAGACUGACUUCAAUAAGACUCAGAAACAAAAGGAUUUCAGUUUCCUUUGCAGUUCUUUGCUGAAGGCUCCUCGGGUUGGACAAGCCAUCAAAGCCACAAAGCGAUAGAGACGCAUUUAUUUGAGAUAUGUGCUUUUCUUUGAGAUAUAUAUCUUUAUUCACUAUGUGAAAGUGAGACAUUCACUUUUUAUAGUGUACAAUUUCCUGUUUUUUAUUUGACACCAACAACUGUGAUUCAAGAAUUCAGAGCAGCUCGCAGAACAGACAGAUGUAAUCUCUCUGUGUUCAUGUGUUUCCAAGACAAACCAAAAAACAAAGGGAAAUGCUUUUGAUGAUUCCUGAUAUCAAACUCACUGCCUUCUCUAAUAUCCUGGGUGUUGCAGGCAUAUAACAUACUGUUUAUGUAGCUAUAUGGCCUGACCUGUGCCCAAGGAAGAACUUUAUUACCAGCAUUUUGUUGGUAUACAUUUAUACAUGUCUAAUAGACGUAUAUUACAUUUAUUCACAUUCUUGUACCGAGAUGUAAAACUCACCAUAUAUCAAUGCUGUAAGAGUAAGUAUUGUACAGUAGGAGAGUGUUCACACACUUUUUUAAAGCGCUAACUCCAUGUUCUUGAAUAUAUUGAUGUGACAUGGGAGCCUCUCAUUUUAACCCAAAAUGUUUUUACUCAACAUAGAUACCCUAUCGUUUUAGACUGUCUUAGAUAAUACAUGUCUGCAGUCAUACUGACAACUUUUAAUUAGUAUUUAAGCAAUAAGGCCCGAUGAGGUGUGGUAUAUGACCAAUAUACCAUGGCUAAGGACUGUUCUCACGCACGACGCAACGCGGAGCGCCUAGACACAACCCCCAAGGUGCCUUAUUGCUAUUAUAAAAUGGUUACCAAUGUAAUUAGAGCAGUAAAAAUACAUGUUUUGUCAUACCCAUGGUAUAUGGUCUGAUAUACCACAGCUUUCAGCCAAUCAGCUUUCAAACCACCCAGUUUAUAAUCUUGAAUAACCUGAUUCAUAUCAAUUUGUAAGAGACAGAUUACCAUAAUCUAAUUUACCCUAAAAUAAGAUUCCUGAGGAAUGCCACACUAAAUGCAAGUCAUCAUGAAUCAAAUUGGGCAGCUAAUUUCAGCAGGAAUAAGUUCAACACCUUUAUCCUGUCUGUAUGAAUCGGUGGGCUUCGGUGUGACUGUUUGUCACCUUUGAAGUCAAAUAUUAACCAUAAAGAAGGCAGAUAUUUAUCGUGGGCAAGUAUUUAUGUCAAAUGUUGACAUUAUACAGCUCCUCUAAACAUGUUGUGUCAUGAAAAAUGAUGCUUUCAUACUGAUGAAAGAAAACCCCUGUUUUUAAAGGUCUCUUGUUUAGGAUUGUGUGACGUGUCAUGGCUGGAGGCACAAGACCAGUUUUGAAGCUAUUGGACAGCUGGUAACCGACGCUUAGAACCAUUUUAAAUCCAAUGAAUUGCUUAUUUAGGUCGCCUAUGACAUUUUGACCUUGUGAAACUCAUUUUGAUUUGAGCAGUUGGGGUAAAGGUAUUUUAUUACUUUCUCUUCCAAAAAUGUAGCAACAAUUUCAUAGCAUUCUUGUGUGAAAACAAAGUCCGACGACUGAACUGACAAUAUGUCCAUCUUGUCAACGACUAUGAUAUCUUGUGCCUUUUACUAUGUUUAACACAACAGAAGCAUUCCUUAUGUCAUGUUGACAACUGUCUUCUAACCCUCCUCACACCUCAAAUCAAAAUGCACAUACGAUAAUAAUUUGAAUAUUCAAAGUGGUGAAUACAACACGAGUCCAUAUUCAUAUCCAAAUUGUGUAUUGCAAACCAGGGUCAGUUAUUGUGGUUGUUCUUUAGAUUUGAUAAAGGCCACAUUGACCUAGGCAGGCAGUGGGGGUGGACGAUUGAGACCACUCUAGCUAGCAUUACUGACACGAAUUGGUAACAGAAAUGUAGUCUAAAGGCAAAAGGAUCUAACCAUUUUAGAUAACAUUCUGAUUUUUUUUUAAAACAACAUUUUUAUAGUUAAUUUGUUUGGAAUGUUUGCCUGAGAACUAGGCUUUACGCUGCCCCUGUUGAUUAUGAAUUUGAAUUAACAUGUAAUUACACACAAACAGCUCCUAUAAAACGACCUUUAUAUAAAAGUGGAUCAAGUCAAGUGCUGUUACUGUAUUAAAGUAAUUACUGUAAAUGCAAAUGAAUGUAAAGUGUUGCCUUAUUGUUUUCUUUAACAAAGGUGCUAAACAAGCAGCCUUCCUCCCAAGGAUGUAAAUCAUUCUGGAAACAUGUUUAUUUAGUGGAGCAAUGACACAUAAUGGACGUGUAAUUUGGCCAUUUUGAAGGUUUUCAUUUGAUUAUAAGAUUAUGGUUCACCUCAAAUCUUUCAAACCAUCGUCCCCAGUAAAUGUGUCACAUUACCGCCCACAGUCCUUUAUUAAGCUGAGUACUCCUAUGAAGACUGUAGCUAUAUUCAAAGAAUCAUUCAUUCUCUUGUAAGAAUGUAUUCAAAACACUAUUUCACCUUAGUUGAUUUACUGUAGGGUCGGUCAUCUUUGAAAGUUUGUGUGAAUUUAAUGUCUGCUUUUUCUCACUGAUAUUUUGCACAAUGGCAGUACUCUUUAGUUUUACAAUAUCUUCUCUGGUCAUUAUUAUUACAUGUUUGUAUUAUAUUUCUUGGUAUACAUUUCCCAGUUGACUUUGUCUUCAUCUUUUACUGUAUUUAUAUAUGAAGUGUACUCUUCAUGUAAUUAUGCAUACUUCAUAGUAUAACUAUUUAACACAUAAUAUCUUAGAACAUGUCACUCAUGAAAAACACUUAAUUAACUGAUGAUAGGUCAUGUGAAGUUAUUUCUGGACCUGAGCACGAAAUGUGGUCCUUUGUGAAUAUUUGUGUUUCUACUGAAAAACACUUCACAAAAAACCCUUCAAUUAUGUCUUCAAUUCAUUCUUGAUUUUAGUCAAAGCCAAUUUACAGUCAAUGCCUUCUCAUGUGAAGAGUACACAGAUUUGUUUGAGGAAUGGUGUUGUAUCCACUGUAAAGUUAUUUGAUUCAUCACUUUAGUCGACAUUACAGAUAUGUUUAUGCCAGUCUAUGAUCAAUGCAUUCUGUUUCGUAUUAAGUGGAUGUAUCACUUAUUGAUGUCAUCACCAUUAUGUGUAUUUAAAGCAGUUUAGGAGAGAGAUAGUUAAGGUCAUAGAAACCAUUUUAGAAGACCGUUAUAGAGUACUGCGUUAUAGUUAACCUGCCGUUGACAUUCAUUGAGUUGUUUUCUUAACUAUCUACUAUGUAGUGUGCUAGGUAGAAAUCAAGAUGUAUAAUAUUAUAAAACCAGUUUGUGUGAUAAUCAGUUUCAGUAGCUAACUGAGAACGGAUAUGAGGGCAUUUAUUUCAAUGCAUUUGAUGUAAAAACCAUCUGCAUGCUGAUAUUUUUGUUUGUAAGCAUUAUUUACUAUUUGACAGCAACAGUGACAUUUUACAGCAAAAUACUUAUGGGAAUUUAUUUCAUAUGCCAUUUUCUUCACAAAAAUUAGGAAUUAUGUCAGUUAAGUGACCUUUUAUAAUUUCCUAUGCUGUUACAGACUCUUGAAAAUGAAUGAAAUGUAACAUUUGAACAUUGAAUUGAGGUGUCAACAUUUUGUUUCUUGAGAGUCAAUGUGAGUCGUCAGUAAAAAAAAAUGUAAUACAGAGUUACGUAUGCUGUCUAAGGUGCUGUUUCUUUCUUCUAGAAACUGUUUUUAUAAACCAUAAAUGGCAGCUUUUGUCACUGAUUGCCAAUCAUUAUUUCCCUGUUCAAUACAUUUUGAGAACAUUGUCAAUAAAAAUAAAUGUAAAAAAAAAAGUGAAUUAUUAUCAUUUUAACCGUUGUCGCUAGAGGCAUCUCAAUAAAACCUUGUGGAAAUAA